GAGAACCUUUUCAUUCCACUUUGAGUUUUCUAGUUGGGAGCACAUAUUUUCUGAAAUUGUUAAAGAUUAAAUCCAGCUGUUUUACUUAAACUUUUGAAGACACAAUGGCCUUCCGCUCGGUGGUAACGAUGGAGAAACCGCUCCAGCACAUUUCACUGACGGACUGGUACGCCCGGGUGAACCAGAUGAGGAAUGUGGCGGAUGCACGGAGGUCAGACGCCUUCGCCAUCCGCCACUCAUCCCGAUCCCUGAGGAACGAGACGAGGAUCGAGGGCGAUUGGGCCAACUACGAGACAAAUGAAGCUCUGACCGAUCGCAUCUCUGAGCUGAAUCGCUGGAGGGAUAUCAUUUCAAAGUCCUUUGAAAAGAUCGAGCGCGAGAUCUUCAUGCUGCAGGAGGAGAAGAAUGCCACGGAACGGGAGCUAGAGGCGCUGGCGGGACCUAUUUCCGUGAUAGCCGAGUGCCUGACCAUGCGGGAUGGUCGCCUCGGAUCGGAGAUCACCUACGAUGAGGCCGAUACCGAGAUCAAGAACGAACUGGUCGUGCUGGAGAACAACCAGAGGCUGCUGGCCGAUCGAUGCCAGAAGGCGUGGGAGAAGCUGAAUCGUCUGGAGGAAGUGCGCUUCAAGAUUGGCCUGGAGAUCGAGUUCAAGGUGGAGGCGGUGCAGCUGGACAACUCGCAGUUGGCUCUCGAUCGCAAUUCAGCCAAUAUCUCAUACAAACCGGAUCCCACGAGGAAUCCGAAGAACUCCUGUUCGUACGAGUCGUGGCUGGAGAAUGUGAAGAACAUAAAGCUGCUGGCGGAGAAUGAGCUGGCAGAUACGUACGCCAUCCGGGAGGCUUUGUUCGUGUGCCGCGAAAAGGCGCGCAACAUGCUCCAGUCGCAGCAGGAGCGGGCGGAGCACACCAUCCGCAAGCGGAUCUUCGAGACGCAGCGGGCCAGGAACGAACUGGAGUGGCAGCAGCUCAAGAUGAAGGAGGAGAUGGAGAAGGCCAUGUGCGAGAUCCGUACCUCGGAGAAUGCUUUGCGUGACAAGACGGAUGCCCUGAAACUGGCCGAGACACGCCUGGAGAACCGUGCCCAGAGGUCUGGCAUGGAACUGUGCAUGGACCAGGCGCACGACAUGCUCUGCCUGGAGGUGGAGAAGCUGCGAGAGAUUCGACGCCGGCUGCAGGCCAAGAUCGACGAGAGCAAGACUAACUUCAGUCUGCUGGAGGAGCACGGCAAGCGUAUCGACGUGGAUCUGGAGAACAAGCAGCACUCGCUGAUGACGGACAUCAGGGCACUGGAUUUGCGUAUGCGUCUCAGAGGCGGAGAGUUCGGCUCCAAGGUGACCAACGCCUCGCAGACUGACAGGAACAUAACGCUCACUCGCAUGGAGAACGAGAUUCCCAAGGACUAGAUAUGCCUAUUACUCGCUUAUUCAUUGUAUUUGCCCUGACGUUCAUUGCUCGUUGUAAUUUCUCCAAAUUUUUGUGAAUAAAUGAUAAAAUGUUAAA